AUGACUGCGGCUGAAGUUGCUCGCAUGAACAGCUACGAGUCGCUCGACUACGAGGUGUGGUACUCGGAGGCGCAAGAGGCGUUUGAGGAAGAGAACCAAGGCGCAAAAGGCUACGCUUGGUUCAUGGCGGUUAUGCCUUGGCUUGCUAUGUUUGCCAUCGGUCUCGCCACGGGCAUCGUCUCCUUUGGCAUCUUUCAGGCUGUCAAGAACCUCGCCGCCACCCGCUUUGCGCUCACCUUUUGGAUGCUCGAUCACGUGUCGCUCGGCGCCGCCUUUGCGGCCUACGCCGCAUGGGCCGGUGUCUCGGUUGGCAUUGCCUCGCUGCUGGUCAUGGGCAUCGAGCCUGUGGCCGGCGGCUCGGGCAUUCCCGAGAUCAAGGGCUAUCUCAACGGGACAAACGUGCACAAGCUGAUGCGCCUCAAAACCGCGGUGGUCAAGGUCCUUGGCGUCAUCUUUGCCGUCUCGGGCGGCCUGACGUGCGGCAAAGAGGGCCCGCUUGUUCACACGGGCUUUGCCCUCGCCGGUAACAUUGUGCACUUGCCAAAGAUGGCGACGGCUUGCGCGACUCGGGCGAGCCGCAAGUACUGGCAGGCCUUCCGGUCCGACGUCCACAAGCGCGACUUUGUGACUGCAGGCGCGGCCGCGGGCGUUGCGGCCGCCUUUGGCGCCCCGGUCGGAGGCGUCCUCUUUGCGCUGGAGGAGGCGUCGUCGUACUGGCAGCUCCAGCUGAUGUGGCGCUCGUUCUUCUGCGCCCUCAUCGCCACGUUCACCCUCAUCUUCUUCCGCUCCGGCUCCGAGGGCUCGUGGCUUGACCUCUCCUCUCCGGGCCUCAUCACCUUUGGCGAGUUCAAGCCCAACGCGUACCGCCUGUGGGAGCUCAUUCCGUUUCUGGGCCUCGCCGUUUGCAACAACGCGCUCUGCCGCUGGCGCCGCGACCACAUCGAGAAGGCCGCCACAAUCAGGGUCCUUGAAGCCGUCGCCAUCGCCGUCCUCACUGCCGCGCUCUCGUUUUGGCUCCCGGUUGCACUCCAGUCGUGUAAGGAGCUGCCGGCUAGGCUCUCCGUCGACGACGCCGAGCACUACCACCGGUUCCUUUGCAAGCCCGGCGAGUACUCGGCCAUGGCCAACGCCAUGUUCAACACUCAGGAAGACAUCAUCAAGGGCUUCUUCCACAUCGAGGAUCCGUACCCGAUCCCGGUCCUUCUCAUCGUCCUCGCUCUCUACUUUGGCCUUGCUACCAUCACCUACGGCCUCGCCGUCCCAGCCGGCCUCUUUGUCCCCGCUAUCAUGUGCGGCUGCGCCUACGGCCGCAUGGCUGGCGAGGCCAUGGACUCGCUCUUCCCCUCGGCCGACAUCGACUCGGGCGUGUACGCCCUCAUCGGCGCAGCCACAGCCCUCGGCGGCAUCACCCGCAUGACCAUUUCGCUCACCGUCAUCCUCCUCGAGACGACCAACGACAUUCAGAUGCUGCUCCCGCUCAUGGUCGGCGUCAUCGUCUCAAAGUGGGUCGGCGACUGGUUCAACAUCUCACUCUACGACCUCCACGUCGAGCUCAAGUGCAUCCCGUUUGUGGAGAACAACCCGCCGGCUGGCCUCGAGCGCCUCACCGCCCGCGACAUCAUGGUCACGCCGCUCGUCACCCUGCCUCACCUCGUCACCGUCGGUGCCGUCUACGACGUCCUUGUCUCCACCUCACACAAUGGGUUCCCGGUCGUGGCCCACCGCGCAUCCGCUCCAGCCCCGCAGCAGCUCCUAGCACCGCCAUCGUCGCCGUCGUCGUCGGACCCGCGCCUGGUCGGCAUCAUUCUCCGCUCCCAUCUGCUCUCCCUACUCCGCCACCGAACCUUCUACCACGAGCUUGACGGGCCCGACGGGAGCCCGGUCCUCGACCUUGCACAGGACGCGUCGAUCCCGCACGUUCUCGACUUUGCGCCGUCGCUCUCGUCGACCUCGGAUGCGCUCGCCACCGACCUUGCCGGCGUGGCGCUGCGACCGGGCGACCGGGACGCGUUUAUCGACUUGCGGCCUUUCCUCAACAAGGCACCGUUCCGAGUCCUCCUCGAGACGCCAGUCCCGCGCGUCUACCGCACCUUCCGCUCGAUGGGCCUCCGCCACUUGUGCGUGGUCGACGAGAACAACACCCCGCACGGCAUCAUCACCCGCAAGGACAUCCGAACCGACUUUACUGUCGACCUCAACUAA